AUGGCGCAGGGAGAUACGUCCGGUCUGCGCGCUCGAGCAGACGAGUUGCGCAAAGCGAACGCGCAAAGAGCAGCGCAGCAAGAGCUGCAAAACGGUACGAAUGGGGCAAGCAGCAGUUCCACGGGUGCGCCAUCGGCUGCCCAGGUAGCAGCUGCAAAGGAAGCGCACGACAAGAUCGUCAAGGCGCAAAACACUCAUUUCGAGCAUGGAUAUAGAAAAGUGGACACGAGGGAUGAUCAGAUCAUUGGAGGUGGAAAAGAGAGAGCAUUGACGCAUUACAAUCCGGGAAUCGUCAUCACCGAAAAGGGACGCGAGACGGACAAGCGCGUAGACACUCACGAGUCGUGAGUUGCGCAAGCAGGGCUGCUUCUUGAGCAUGAGCUGCGCGGAGCUGACGAUGAGCGCUACGCACGCUGCCCACAGAUGGGAAUUUGGCGGUCCCAUCGGAACGGCGUUCAUGAUGGUCUUCUUUCCCAACAUGAUGUACUACCUCUGGAUCUGUCUUUGGUUCUAUGACGGCAGGCUCGUCAUUCCAAACGGUGUGGAUGACAUCGUCCCCUUCUUGCAACGCAUGGCUCAACACGUCUACGAGGUGAGCGCCGUCGAUGCGUGCAUUGCAUGUGCCUCUCAGUGCGAGCCGCUGACUUACUCAUGCUCUCUCGCGCAGGACGCCUUUCCUACUCCUCGCGCCAUCAUUGGCUACGGCGGUCUGAUGGUGUUCGAGUUCGCGCUCGCUUGGGUGAUGCCCGGAUGGAUGCAAGAAGGUCUGCCUGUGCCAUCUCUGAACUACAAGACGCUCAUGUACAAGUGCAACGCCCUCUCAUCCUUUUACGCCACGCUUAUCGUAUCCGCCGUUUUGCACGUCACUGGCAUCUACAGGCUCACCGAGAUCAUCGAGCAUUUUGGAGAGUACAUGACCGUCGCCAUGAUCUCCGGCUUUCUGCUCGCCAUCGCCAUUUACCUCCACGCAGUCCUGACCGGCACGGCGCAGCGCAUGAGCGGUAACCUUCUUUACGACUAUUUCAUGGGCGCCGCCCUCAACCCCCGCAUUGGUCCCGUCGACCUCAAGAUGUGGGCCGAAGUGCGCAUCCCUUGGGUGCUGCUCUUCCUCAUCAGCGUCAGCGGAGCUUGCAAGCAGUACGAAACAUACGGAUAUGUCACCCCCAACAUGGCAUUCAUGGUCCUCGCGACUGGGCUCUACAUCAACGCUUGCGCAAAGGGCGAAGAGUGCAUUCCUCAAACUUGGGAUAUGUUUCACGAAAAGUUUGGUUGGCUUUUAAUCUUUUGGAACUUCGCCGGCGUGCCGUUCACCUACAGCUACUCGUGCGUCUACAUUGCCACGCAUCCUCCUCACGUGUACAAAUUUAGCACGCUUGGCUACGUCGCACUCUACACGACGCUCCUCACGGCAUAUUGGAUCUUUGACUCUUCCAUGGCUCAAAAGUCUCGCUUCCGCAUGCAGCUCCAAGGAACCUUUGUCGUGCGCUGGACUUUCCCACAAAUGCCUUGGUCCACACUCAAGGACCCGCGAUACUUACAGACCGAGCACGGCAAUGCACUGCUCGUCGAUGGGUGGUGGCAAUUUGCCCGCAAGAUCAACUACUCGGCAGAUUGGAUCCAGGCCACCACGUGGUGCGUCGCUGCUGGAUUCGGCUCCAUCAUUCCUUAUUACUACUCGAUCUUUUUCUUUGCCGUGCUCACGCAUCGUUGCGGACGUGACUUUGAGCGGUGCGAACGCAAGUACGGCAAGGAUUGGGAAAAGUACUGCAAGAUCAUUCCUUAUAGGUGAGUGUGCCGGCCGGCGUCGACAUGCGAUCGUGCUGCUAAUCUGCCUAGACCCGCGUCCGCUGCAGAUUCAUUCCCUACGUCUAUUAG